GGAAGGAAAGUCAUUGCUUUGUUCUUGAUUCCCACAGAAACAUGAAAGUGAGAGACAACAUGAAGAGUCAUCUUCUGUUGGCCAUCAUUGGAACCUUUGGCGUUAUGAUUGGAGCCCAGACGCAAGAAGGAUUUAUCAGUUUGGAUUGCGGAUUACCUCUUGAUGAAUCUCCUUACAAUAAUUCGUUUAAUGGAUUAACAUUCACAUCGGAUUCCAAUUUCAUUCAGACAGGAAAAAAUGGUAAAGUCGACAAAGAUGUCUUCGACAGAUUCGGGAAACAAUAUGGGACUAUGAGAUACUUUCCAGAUGGAAAACGUAAUUGUUAUAGUCUCGAUGUCAAGCGUGGCACGAACUAUGACAUUGUGGUUAGUUUCUUAUAUGGAAAUUAUGAUGGUCGCAAUCUUGAACCAAGUUUCGAUCUCUAUCUUGGUACCAACAAGUGGGCAAGAAUAGAUUUGGGAAGCAGGCCAAAUGGUACAAGACAUGAGAUCAUACACAAAACUAAGUCAAACUCUUUGGAUAUUUGUCUUGUUAAAACAGGAACAACCUUGCCAAUGAUUUCAGCAAUAGAAAUACGGCCACUGGGUAAUGAUAUUUAUCUUACAAAAUCCGGUUCACUGGCGCUGUUUUUCCGGGACUACUUUAGCACUUCCGUUGAGGAAAUAAGAUAUGCAGAUGAUAUCUAUGAUCGUGUUUGGUAUCCAUUUUUUGACUCUCCAUAUAAGCAAAUAACGACCAAUCUCGAUAUAAACAACUCCGACACAUAUAAGGUACCAAAAACUGCACUCAUGAGUGCUGCCACGCCUAAAAACGCAAGUGAGCCACUGCUCAUCACCUGGACACCCAAACCCUCUAAUGCUGAAGUGUACUUGUACAUGCACUUCGCGGAGAUUGAAGCCCUCGAAGCCACUCAGAAGAGGGAGUUCGAUGUUAUCUUGAAAGGAAACUUUAAUCAUUCAGGUUUUAGUCCACCCAAGUUAGAGCUAUAUACUUUAUACACUGCUGAAGCAGUGCAAUGUGAUUCAGAAGGUUGCAAUUUACAGCUAGUAAAAACUCCGAAGUCAACUCUUCCACCUCUGAUUAACGCUAUUGAGGUUUACACUGUUAUUGAAUUCCCACAAGUGGAAACAAGCCAAAGUGAUGUUGCCGCUAUCAAGAACAUCAAAGCUACUUAUCAACUGAGUAAAAUCAGUUGGCAAGGAGAUCCAUGUCUCCCUCUAGAUUUUUCCUGGGAAAAUCUUAGAUGCAACUACACCGAUGCAUCAACUCCACCAAGAAUCACUUCUCUAGAUUUGUCGAAUAGUGGAUUAACUGGAAGCAUAACCCAAACUUUACAGAAUCUGACGCAAUUACAAGAACUUGACUUAUCAAAUAAUAGCUUGACUGGAUCAAUACCUACCUUCCUUGCCAACAUGAAAUCGUUAUCCUUAAUAAACUUAAUUGGGAACAAUCUCACCGGUUCAAUUCCUCAAGCUCUUCUGGAUAGAAGAAAAGAAGGACUUGUGUUAAAACUUGAAGGAAAUCCAGAUUUGUGCACACUUAGUUCAUGCAAACCAAAGGAGAAAACUAAAUUCCUACUACCAGUAAUUGCAUCAGCUGCCUCUCUGCUUGUUGUAGUGGUUGUUGUGGCUCUUAUUUUUGUUUUCCGAAAGAAGAAAGUACCUUUAGAUCUGAACACUCCAACAAGUAUGACCAUAACGGAUGGUAGACAAGCUAGUCAGUCAGAAUCAUCCAUCCUGUCGAAAAAGAUUAGGUUUACUUAUACUGAAGUUCAAGAAAUGACAAAUAACUUUGAAAAAGCUCUCGGUGAAGGAGGGUUUGGAGUCGUUUAUCAUGGUUGUGUUAAUGGUAACCAACAAGUGGCUGUUAAAUUGUUAUCUCAAUCAUCAUCUCAAGGCUAUAAACAUUUCAAGGCAGAGGUGGAACUGCUUAUGAGGGUUCACCACAUAAAUUUGGUGAGUCUUGUUGGAUAUUGUGAUGAAGGAAAAGACUUAGCCCUCAUUUACGAGUACAUGCCAAAUGGAGACUUAAAGCAACACUUGUCAGGAAAGCCUGGGGGAUUCAAUUUGAGCUGGGAAAAUAGACUAAAAAUAGCUGUGGAUGCAGCACUAGGAUUGGAGUACUUACACACAGGAUGCAAACCACCAAUUGUUCAUAGAGAUAUCAAAUCCACGAACAUACUUUUGGACCAAAAUUUCCAAGCCAAACUAGCCGAUUUCGGACUUUCGAGAUCUUUUCCCACCGGAAAUGAAACACAUGUGUCAACAGUUGUUGCUGGCACUCCUGGAUAUCUUGAUCCUGAGUAUUAUCAGACGAAUUGGUUGACAGAAAAGAGUGAUAUAUACAGUUUUGGAAUUGUAUUGUUAGAGCUCAUUACAAACUGUCCUAUAAUUCAACCAUCCCGUGAAAAGCCUCACUUAGUAGAUUGGAUCAGCUUUAUGAUUACAAAUGGAGAUAUUACAAACAUUGUGGACCCACAUCUCCACCAAAACUAUGACAUUGGUUCCGUCUGGAAGGCCAUUGAAAUAGCAAUGUCAUGUGUAAGUCCGUCUUCUGCAGGAAGACCAAACAUGUCUCGAGUUGCUAAUGAUCUAAAAGAGUGUUUGAUAGCUGAAGAGUCGAGGAUAGGAGAGAGGCAGGACAUGGAAUCAAAAAGUUCUAUGAACUACAGUAGGGACUCUUACACCGAGAUGAGCCCUAAAGCUCGCUAGCUUACCAAAAACAUCCUCGGGUUUUUUUUGUACCUUAUCCUCGGGUUUCUUUGACCAAAAAGAAUCUUUGAAUAUGUAUGUGCUGUUUAUGCUCCCCACUGCUUUCAAUAAUAACAUGUGAUACUGAAGUUGAACUAUCUCAAGUUUCAUGUUUGAUGUAUACAUUGCCAAAUAUAUCUGGUGACAUUUUGUAGAGGGCUUAGGUUGAGUUGGUAGUGUUAUUUCACUACAAAAGACUAUAGUGAUGGUGUAACAUGCUGUAUAGUAC